CCCUGAUAAAUAUCUAUUUUCCGAAGAUAAUGUGUGUGUCGGGAUGAGUAGAGAAUAGUUUUCUCGUCUAUCGUUAGACGAUAAUCGAAUUAUAACAAUAAGAAUUGUCUCGAGAAGAAAAGGAAAUUGAAAGAGAACCAUUUGGGAAAAGAAAUUCGGACGAAGUUUUUCUCGUCCGACGGCAUUUAAAAUAGUGGUAAAAUAAUAGUAAAUUGGUUGGCAUUUUGCAGCUGAAUAUAUCACGAAGGAAAACGAGUAUUCUUGGGAGUUGCGUCUUAACUUAACGACUGAACGAACACUCGUAACAGAAAGAUAAAGGCCUUUCACCGUGGCUAUGUGAGAGCGAGAAACAGCGUGAGCAGAAUUUCUGUUCUACACUUCGAUAUUACGACAGAUGAGUGCGCCCAAUUCAAUAGGAACUUCACUGUGUAGCGUUCUAACUUGGUUAGAAAGUAAAACGUCACACAAGUGUCAUUAGAAAUUAGAAAAUGAGGAUGAACGACGAGGGAGGACAAAAAUAACAUCAAAUAAUGCAAACUGAUCACUUCAUAAGUACAUGAACGAAAAAGAUCCCGAAAGAAAGAUGCAUUAUCAACCACAAAUAUCAACGAUAAGUACAGCGGCACCGCCGUCGUAUUCGGAAGCAAUUAACCAACAGCCUCCUUCGAAAAAUAAUUUUCCUCUUCCUCCAUUCGGUACACACACUUAUGAAGCACACAUACAACCAGAAAUAGGACAGUAUCCAACGACAAGUAAUUAUCAGGGAUACAAUGCAUCUCAACCGCCUUACAAUCCUACGUAUAUGUCAAUGGAAACGAAUCCACCACAAACGUAUAUUGUGACCAAUGCAGUUGUACAUCGUAAAAAUAGAAAUGUGACUUGUUCUUCUUGCUUGAAGAUACUUAUAUUUUCAAUAAUAAUAGUAAGCAUCACGAGUUACUUGUUAAAAGUGAUUAUCGCAAGUAUAUCGAAUUGAAUGCAUUUACUCCAAGGACCACACAAUUGGAAUUGAAGCGACAAUGGACAAUCAAAUAAAUUCAGUAUUAAACAAUGCACUCUUUUAUGAGUAAGUAGCCUCAUAAAGUUGCAUUUAAUAAUCAUUUUAAUUGCUUAUUCGCAGUUUUAGAUAAUCAUUAUGUCUCCUUUUUUUUCUAUACGAUAAAAAUGUUGUCGAUAAUAAUUAUGUAUGUAUGAUAUAUAGUUUUUAAUUACUUUAAUAAUAUUGCGGACGAAAUAUUGUCAAAAGUAUGAUUAAGAUAAUA